AUGGUUAUAACCAUAUGGAAGAAAAAUCAGGUAGGCUAUGGUGAAACAAAAACCGUUGCGUGUGAUUUCGAUCUGAAUGACGAAAGGUAUCCAACAUCGAUAUGUGUGACAUGCAAGUUGGCUUUAUUGGAGAGACAAAAAGAUGGUGUAUUUCGUAGACCCUUACUACCAAUGCCGGAAUUCCACAAACUGGAUUUAAGAAAAACUUUGCGAAGCGGAAAACCCUGCACAUGCUUGAUUUGCAGCGAAGCACGUAAAAAAGGUCACAAAAAAGUUUUUUCCGGAAGGGGAAACAGUAGAGUUCUUAGUAAAGAUGUUGUACUAAAGAAAAAAAAAUGUAUAUGCGCAACAUGCUUGCAAGAAAUUGGAAAGGGAAAAAAACAUUAUUGUCAUUUAUCUAAUAUUGCACAUAACGUUUCGGACCUUGUACAAGCAGUGCCGAAAAACCAGAAACAACAGAUUGUAAGCAAAAUAAUACAUGAAUAUGUUGAAACUAAUAACCAAUCAAGUAUUGGACUAGCAACACUGGGCAGACCUUCUAGAAUUGCUAUAAACCCACCACCCCAUGCCCAGAAGGAAAUAAAGUUUAGUUACGAAAAGCUUAGUCAAUUUCAAAAGACAACAUGCUUAUCGAAUAAUAAAAUGGAGUUAGUUACAAAUUUUGUUAGGACCUGCGCCGGCAAAAAGUCCGUUUCUUCCAAUUUUAGAGAGAAAUUACGCGAAGAGUCCAAAACUUUAGAACCAUUUUAUAAAUGUGCUGAGUUAGAGUUUGACGUAAGUGACUGUAAAGAAAAGCAGAAAAGGAAAGUGAUAUAUGCUGAUGCAGAAAGUAUUCUAGAGGCUGUGAUUACGCACAGACAGUUGAUAGGAAGUCCAAAAAUUAAGGUCAUGGCUGACGGUGGACAAGGCUUUUUUAAAAUAUGUCUUUCUGUGUUUCAAAGUGAAGAUGAAACUAAAGUAGGAAGAUCUGUUUAUAGUGAAGGUGGUAAAAUUUCAAAAGGGUUUAAGUUUACGGGCGUCAAAAAAAUUCUGAUUCUUUGUAUUGUACCUGAAAUCCAAGAAACAUUUGAAAAUUUAAAAUUACUGUUUUCCGUUAUAAAAAUUAACAAUAUUUCGUUCAAAUUUGUUUCGGACCUCAAAGUUACAUUAAUUGUUAAUGGAUUGCAAACCGCAUCUUCUACAUUUCCGUGUCCCUACUGCUACGUGAAACUAAAACAUUCAGUUGGAAAUGAAGCUAGUACUUUAAGAACUUACGGAGACAUAAAAUUGCAUUAUGAGAAGUUUUGUCUAUUCGAAAAAAAUAGGAAAUACGCGAAAGACUGCUUUAGUGUAGUAAAUCAUUCAAUAUUUGAUGAAGAAGGCGACGUUUCGGUGUUGGAAAAAUGUUUUUAUACUGUUGCGACAUUGCGAGAGUCACCUGAUUAUGUUUACCCAGCUGAACCAGCUCCAGUUAGAAUGCCUACAACCGAGAAUUUGGGUCGGAAUAGGCAGGAACCGGAAUAG